AAUAUAUAUAAGCACACUGUUCUAAAAAUCAUCUCUCUCAACACUGGUAAACCACAUCGGCAGUACAAAUUUAAGCCCCGUUUUCAUAUAAUCAACACAAAAACCCUAGAAUUCACAAUUCACAGAUGGGAUCCACCGGCGGCGGAGCAGAUGGGGAAGAUACGAAACUUCCGAUCCCCGGCGAACGAAACAUCCUCAUCACUAGCGCCUUGCCAUACGUCAACAACGUCCCUCAUCUAGGCAACAUCAUCGGAUGUGUAUUGAGUGCGGAUGUGUUUGCUCGGUAUUGUCGACUUCGCGGCUACAAUGCCAUAUAUGUGUGUGGGACUGAUGAGUAUGGGACGGCGACGGAGACGAAGGCAAUGGAGGAGAAUUGUACGCCUAAGGAGAUUUGCGACAAAUAUCAUGCAAUUCACAAGGAGGUCUAUAAAUGGUUUAACAUAAGUUUUGAUAUAUUCGGGCGCACAUCCACCCCAGAGCAAACUGAAGUUUGCCAAGCAAUUUUCAAGAAACUGAUGGAGAACAAUUGGCUUUCUGAAAACACAAUGCAGCAGCUUUACUGUGAUACAUGCAAGAGGUUUUUAUCUGAUCGGCUCGUGGAAGGUACCUGCCCGACACAAGGUUGUAAUUAUGAUUCUGCACGAGGAGAUCAGUGCGAAAACUGUGGAAAACUUUUAAACCCAACAGAACUACAUGAUCCUAGAUGCAAGGUCUGUAAGAACACUCCACGAAUCCGUGAUACGGACCAUUUGUUUCUUGAGCUUCCUUUGCUGAAGGAUAAAUUAGAAGAAUAUAUAAGUAGCAUGUCAGUGGCUGGAUCGUGGAGUCAGAAUGCCAUUCAAACAACAAAUGCUUGGCUUAAAGAAGGACUAAAACAACGUUGUAUUACUAGAGAUUUGAAGUGGGGAGUUCCUGUUCCACAUGAGAAAUUCCACGACAAGGUAUUUUACGUCUGGUUUGAUGCCCCUAUUGGAUAUGUCUCAAUAACUUCAUGUUACACACCUGAAUGGGAGAAGUGGUGGAAGAAUCCUGAAAAUGUGGAACUAUAUCAGUUUAUGGGCAAGGAUAAUGUGCCAUUCCACACUGUGAUGUUUCCCUCUACGCUUCUUGGCACUGGUGAAAACUGGACUUUGAUGAAGACUAUCAGUGUUACCGAAUACUUGAACUAUGAAGCAGGGAAGUUUUCAAAGAGUAAGGGCAUAGGAGUUUUUGGAAAUGAUGCAAAAGAUACAAAUAUACCUGUAGAAGUAUGGAGAUAUUACCUGCUAACUAAUAGGCCAGAGGUAUCUGACACGUUGUUUACAUGGCUGGACUUGCAAGCAAAACUAAACAAUGAAUUGCUAAAUAAUUUAGGCAAUUUCAUCAACCGAGUCUUGAGCUAUAUUGCUAAAGAUCCAGAAGUAGAUGAGAGACACGUAGGAUAUCGUUCCAUUGUCCCUGAUGCUCCGGGUGCAGAAUCACAUCCCCUAACCAAGUCGCUGGGAGAAAAAAUUGGCAACUACGUGGAGCAAUAUGUAGAAGUCAUGGAGAAGGUUAAACUAAAGCAAGGAUUGAAAAUCGCGAUGAGUAUUUCUGGCGAGGGAAAUGCAUAUCUGCAAGAGAGCAAAUUCUGGAAGCUUUAUAAUGAAGACCAAUCUUCGUGCAAAAUAGUUAUGAAAACUGCCACGGGGCUAGUAUAUCUUCUCGCAUGUCUGUUGGAACCAUUUAUGCCAUCAUUUUCUUUGGAGGUACUUAAGCAGCUCAAUUUACCACCUGAAACACAAGUUUCACUUUCAGAUGAAAAAGGAGAUAUUGGAAGGGCAUGUAGGCCCUGGGAGAUUUUACCUGCCGGUCACAAAAUUGGAACACCAGAGCCAUUGUUUAAGGAAUUGAAAGAUGAAGAAGUGGAAUUUUUCAGGGAGAAGUUUGCUGGAAGCCAAGCUGAGAGGAUUGUUAAGGCAGAAGCUGAAGCUGAAGCAAAGAAGAUAGCUGAACAACUUAAGCAAACGAAAGUUUCAGAUGGAAAGAAAAAAGGCCCAGCAAAAUCUACAGCUGAAGCCAAAUCCAAGACCAUUGCUGAAGCAGAAGUUUCUAUCAGCAGACUUGAUAUCCGCGUGGGUCUUAUUACAAAAGUCCAGAAACAUCCUGAUGCCGAUUCUUUAUAUGUGGAAGAGAUUGAUAUCGGUGAAGGACAACCUCGUACUGUUGUUAGUGGCCUUGUCAAGUAUAUUCCUCUAGAAGAAAUGCAGAAUCGUAAGGUCUGCGUACUUUGCAACCUGAAGCCAGCAACCAUGAGGGGUAUAAAAUCACAAGCGAUGGUUCUUGCUGCGUCCGACAGUGAUCACACAAAGGUUGAAUUGGUUGAUCCACCUCAAUCUGCUGCUGUCGGAGAACGAGUCACAUUUCCCGGAUUUGAAGGCAAGUCCGAUGAUGUUUUAAACCCCAAGAAGAAGGUCUGGGAGACAGUUCAAGUGGAUCUGCACACCAACAAAGAACUGGUAGCGUGCUACAAAGACGUGCCAUUCACCACAUCAGCUGGUGUUUGCAAGGUUUUAACAAUUUGUGAUGGGUCGAUAAGGUAGAUAGGUCUUCAAAAAAAACCCUUGAUUCAAACAGAAAGAAAAAGAAAUUAUCUUAUUCAAGAUUUUGCCUCAUUAGUUCUCUUAUAAAUUUUCAAUUGUAUUCUCGAUUUAUCGAUAUAGUGAAAACAAUUUUCCUUUGCUGGAUUCUGUAAAACGAUAAUCAGAACCAUCAUAAAUGAUGAAUGUAUUGAGUGAUGGAAGAGUUGGUAUCACGAUUGGUUGCAUUUUCUUGCCGACACAA